UAACUCCUAUCGAUCACAUCCAGAUCACCCAAUGAGGCUUUAGCUUUUAGGUCACGAGCCCAGGACUCAGUCUCGCGGUGAUUGGCUGUCCUCUCAUACAUAGAGAAGCAGUGGACGCCAUGAACACUCCGGGCAAAUUGCCGCCAUAGUCACAUGACGUGUGUGAACCGGAUACGGAAAUACCAAGCACCGGCAGCCCUGACCAUCUACCUCUUCAGCCUCCGUGAGGUGGACCGGAGACCCCGGCGGGGGCGGACACAAGAUCAUGAUCUCGCAGCUCUUCAUCCUGUCCUCUAAGGGCGACCUCCUGAUAUACAAGGACUACCAUGGUCUCUCUACAAGCUCUAACGCGGCAGACGGCCUGUACCUGAAGCUGUCGACUCUCCCGGUAGACCAGGCCCCGGUGGUGAUGGAACACGAGGGCGGACACUUCCUCCACACCCGUCACCGAGGUCUGUAUUUUGUCAUAAGCGUUCGUCCUGAUGAUUCUCCGUUCAUGUAUCUGGAUCUUCUAAACAGACUGGCCGCUCUGAUCCGAGACUACUGCGGUGACCUCAGUGAGGACGUCAUACGACUCAACUUUGCUUUGAUCUACGAGUUACUGGAUGAGGUUCUGGACUACGGGUUCAUCCAGACAACCUCCACAGAUGUGCUGAAGAACUUCAUCCAAUCAGAUCCAGUCGUCACCAAGCAAUUUAGUCUCCUGGACCUCAGCAGCGUGGGGCUGUUCGGAGCAGAGACUCAGCAGAGUAAGGUGGCGCCCAGUUCAGCUGCCAGUCGGCCGGUUCUGUCCUCCCGUCAUCCACAAGGUGAUCAAAACGAGAUCUUCCUGGAUGUCAUAGAACGCAUGACGGUGGCCAUCGGAGCGAACGGCUCAUUGUUAAAAGCCGAUGUACAGGGGGAAUUACGGCUGAAAAGCUUCUACCAGAAUUCUCCAGAGUUAAGAAUCGGACUGAGUGAAGAGUUCUGUGUGGGGAGCUCCGAGCUGAGAGGAUAUGGCUCUGCUGUGCGAGUGGACAGCUGUCAGUUCCACGAGUCGGUAAAACUGGAUGAGUUUGAGAUCAGUCGGCUCCUGAAAGUGCUCCCUCCGCAGGGUGAGCUCACACUGAUGCAGUACCAGAUCUCGGAUAGCCUCUCAACUAGCCUGCCCUUUCAUCUGUUCCCCAGCCUGGAGAGAGACCCCGGCAGCAGCUACCUGCGAAUCUACUUGAAACUUCGCUGUGACUUAAGCCCAAAGAGCCAGGCCAUUAACCUCCGUGUCCAGAUACCUGUGCCUAAGGGAGCCAGCAGUGUCUCUCAGGAUCUGAGCAGCCCUGACCAGAGCGCAGAACUGACGCUGAACACACAGUCUGUGUCCUGGAAUAUUCCCCGUAUCCGUGGAGGAAGCCAGCUGUCCGCACUGUUCAAGGUGGACGUGUCCGGAUGCCUGUCUCUACCCUCCGUUCAGGAUCUACCGCCUCUCAACCUCUCCUUCCAAAUACCGUCCCUCACGUGCUCCGGGCUGCAGAUCAGAUUCCUCAGGUUACGCAGCGAACACCCAGCUCUGAUCCACACGUGGGUCAGAUAUCUCACACAGAGCGACUCUUACAGCGUCCGGCUUGGCUAGCCGCAGAGAUGGACAUCGUCUUGUAUAAUUUAUUUAGUGAUGUAGAGACUGGGAUAUCCCGGGGGUCAGCGACGAAGAAGACAAUGGAUCUGUAUUUACUUUGCUGCUAAUAUUAUUUUUUCAUUUGCACACAGGUCUUGGUAAUUUUUAUUUAAUCCUUUAUUUUUCCUGGUUGUGUAUAAAAACCAUGUAGAGGAGAGCUCCUCAUAGGGUGAAUACGUCUGAUACACAGGCACUGGUGAGUGUUUCUGCAUGAAACAACUCAUCUUGUGGUGGAGUAGUAGCGAGAUGUUUUUGUGUAUUCCGGAUAGGCCUCUGCUGGUGGUGGCGCUGCCUCCAGGUUGUCGGCAUGGCAGGGAUCCCCUGGCCGAAAUUAAUGCAGGAUACUUUAAUCCAGUUUUUCAGGCGCUUCCACUCAGGAUAACAAACAGGCA